UUUAGAAUCUCUCUCUCUCUCUCUCUCUCUCUCUCUCUCUCUCUCUCAGAUCACUGGAAGCUUCAGCUGAAUUUUCAUCAUCCGCCAUGGCUUCCCAAGCGAGCCUUCUUCUCCAGAAGCAGCUCAGGGAUCUUUGUAAGAAUCCGGUUGAUGGGUUUUCUGCUGGGUUGGUUGACGAGAGCAAUGUAUUCGAAUGGAGCGUUACGAUUAUCGGACCUCCUGACACACUCUACGAAGGGGGAUUCUUCAAUGCCAUAAUGUCCUUCCCACAAAACUACCCCAAUAGCCCGCCGACUGUGAGGUUUACCUCGGAUAUUUGGCAUCCUAACGUUUAUCAGGAUGGCCGCGUUUGCAUAUCUAUUCUCCAUCCUCCUGGUGAUGAUCCCAGUGGUUAUGAGCUUGCGAGUGAGAGAUGGACGCCUGUUCACACAGUUGAGAGUAUUGUCCUGAGUGUCAUAUCAAUGCUCUCCAGUCCUAACGAUGAAUCCCCGGCAAAUGUUGAAGCCGCUAAAGAAUGGAGAGAGAAGCGAGACGAGUUCAAGAAGAAAGUGAGUCGCUGUGUCAGAAAGUCCCAGGAAAUGCUAUGAUUCUCAGAUCCAUGAUCUCAGGAAGUUCCGAGUUCAUUAUCCUGUCUGAAACGUUACUUGUAAUGGACUCUCUCUUACAUCUAUCGCAUUCCAAAACACGGGAGGGCCCCUCCCAAGAGUCAAAGUGUUUUUGAAGGAAGAAGAGAUAUUACUAUCAUAUAACCUUUCUGGUGAGAAGCUUUGUUCUGUGAUUUAUGCUGUUUGAUGUCGUUUCAGUUUUGGACUCCAGAACUGUGUGCCGUUUCUGAGCAGCACCAUGUAUUUUCUCCUGGGCCCCUAUUGGGCCUCAAUGUCUGCCUAAUAGACUUUUUGGAUCCCA